CGCUUCCUACAGUCUGUGCUACAGUCACACUGUGCAUCAAACUCUCGAACACAUAACCCGUUCAUUGCAAAAAAAGUUCGUAUUUAUUUAAUAAAAAAAAAAAAAAGUUUUACCAUGACUCCAGUACCUGUGGUAAAGUUUAAUAAUGGAUACUCUUGCCCGGUACUAGGUCUCGGAACAUGGAAAUCUCAGCCCGGUGAAGUGACGCAAGCUGUUAAAGACGCCAUCGACAUUGGCUACCGACACAUAGACUGCGCUUACAUCUACCUGAACGAGAAAGAAGUAGGCCAAGCACUCGCAGAGAAAAUAGCAGAAGGCAAGGUGAAGAGGAAAGACCUGUUCAUCACCUCGAAGCUGUGGUGCACCCACCACAGACCUGACCUGGUGGAGCAGGCGGCGCGGCAGACCCUGAAAGACCUGCAGCUGGAAUACCUGGACCUGUACCUCAUUCACUGGCCGCAGGGAUACAAGGAGGGAGACGACCUGAACCCUAAAGAUGAAAACGGGAAAGAGAUCCCCAGCGAGACAGACUUCGUGGACACGUGGAAGGCCAUGGAGCAGCUGGUGGCCAAGGGUCUGGUCCGGAGCAUCGGCUUGUCCAACUUUAAUAGACGGCAGAUUGAGAAGGUCCUGGCUGCAGCUAAGAUAAAACCUGCAGUCCUUCAGAUCGAAUCACACCCGUACCUCAAUCAACGCAAGAUGCUGCAGUACUGCCGUAGUAUCGGCGUGACAGUCACAGGGUAUUCCCCGCUGGGAUCCCCCGACCGCCCGUGGGCCAAGCCUGGAGACCCCUCGCUCAUGGACGAGCCCACUAUCAAACGUAUAGCUGAUAGACACGGGAAGAGCAGUGCUCAAGUCCUCAUUAGAUACGCGAUCGACCGCGGCAUGAUCGUGAUCCCGAAGUCUGUGCACAAGACGCGAAUCGCGCAGAACUUCGACGUAUUCGACUUCAAGCUGACGCAAGAUGAUAUGGACCAGAUAGCUGCGCUUGAGUGCAAUGGUAGACUCUGCAGCAUGGGCGAUGUCGAGCAUCCAGAUUUCCCAUUCCAUGAUGAAUAUUAGAAGAAUUAGUCACAAGAUGGGUUGAACAAAUUGUUUGAAUUUUUUAAAUAUUUUUUUUUACUUAGUUACAAGUAUGUUUUGUAAAAGAUUAGCUAACUAGGCAAAAGAAUGUUUAUAAAUAAAUUAUUUCUUUGGC